AUGUACUUGUGUUUGGAGGCUUUCUUCAUCGUCGUACAUAUUUUCUCUCAUUCUAACUGCUAUAUACAGCGAGGUUUGGAAGAUCCAUACGCUGAAACACCUAAAUGUGAACCUAUACGUAUAAAGGCUUGCCAGGAUCUACCAUACAACAUCACUAUAUUCCCAAAUGAUAUGGGGCACGCUACUCAAGAUGAUGCCGCCCAGGAAAUCGGUCAAUAUACACCAUUAGUUCGAACUACUUGCAGUUCUUCCUUAAAAUUGUUUUUAUGCUCAUUAUUUUUCCCUGUCUGCACUGGAAUGAAAAAACCGUUACCUCCUUGUCGAUCUUUGUGUGAACAAAACCGUAAGGACUGUGAACCACUUAUGCGGGGUUUUCACUUUGAGUGGCCAGAAAUAAUGAAUUGUGAUCGUUUCCCAGAAGAUUCGUUGUGUAUAGCUGAAAAUAAGACAGAAAAACGGGUUUCUAAGGAACCUUCGUUCGUGUGCCCUGUUCAUAUGAGAGUUCCUCCGAGUUUCGAAUUCCGUAUAAGAAUGAGCAGGAAUCAAAUCAUUCAAGACUGUGGAAUUCCUUGCGGUGAUUUCCUUUUUGGCGAUUCGUCUUCCAGGAAAUUUUCUCGCUUGUGGAUCGGUCUCUGGAGUUUCUUGUGUGCAGCAUCCACGUCAUUUACAGUUCUCACCUUCCUCAUUGAUAUGCCUCGAUUUCAGUACCCCGAGAGACCGAUAAUAUUCUUGUCAGCUUGUUACCUGAUGGUGGCUCUGACAUACGUUGCAGGUUUUAUUUUAAAUGAUGGUGUCGCUUGCUCUGGGCCUUUUCCAGCACCACAAUCUCUCAGUGGUCAAAUUGAAAUGCCGCGACUCGUUACUCAGGGAACAAAGUUUGAAGGAUGCAUCAUUUUAUUCAUGUUGCUUUACUUCUUUUCUAUGGCUAGUUCUAUUUGGUGGGUGGUUUUAACAAUCACUUGGUAUCUAGCUGCUAAAUGUCAUUGGGCACAUGAAGCUAUAUCACGUAAUGCACAGUAUUUACACUUUGCUGCAUGGGCUAUUCCAGCUGCUAAAACAAUUGGAAUAUUAGCUUUGGGAAAGGUUGACGGCGAUCCACUGUCUGGUGUAUGCUUUACCGGAUUAACAGAUCCAGUUAUACUGAGAGCAUUUUUAAUUGCCCCAUUAUGUUUGUAUCUUCUGAUUGGAACUUGUUUCCUGUUUGCUGGUUUUGUAUCAUUAUUUAGAAUUCGUACAAUCAUUAAAACUGGAGGUUCAAAAACUGAUGACUUAGAGAAAUUAAUUAUGCGAAUUGGUGUAUUUAGUUUACUGUACAUUGUACCAGCACUAGUAGUAAUCGCCUGUUAUUUACAUGAAUCUAGAAUGUCUGAAAAAUGGAUGCUUACAUGGUAUACAACUGAAGUAUGUCGUAAAGUGGAUCCUAAUCAACUAGCCGAUUCUAUAUGUCCUGGACAUUUCAAACGACUGGUUGAAGCCGGUAGUUCAUCCCGAUCAGACAUUUCCGAUAUUUCUGUUAGUCAAAAUAUAUUUGACAAAAUAUCUGCAUUAGAAAAACCCGAAUUCGAAUUAUUUAUGAUUAAAUAUCUUAUGACAUUGAUUGUUGGUAUAACAAGUGGUGUUUGGAUAUGGAGUGGAAAAACACUUGUAUCAUGGAAACGUUUCUUCGCACGAGUUUUCCGUCGUCGUAGUUGUUGUGAUAACAAAAAUAUCGAUCUAACUGCUUCAAGUACACGUUCCGGUCUUGUCGUAGCUAGACGAGGUGUUCAGUCGAAUGCUCUACCAACUGGUGUAACAUCAAAUCCUGGUUCUGUUCCCUUAUUAACACGUACAAUACAAUCAUCUCACCCAGUACAACCGUAUAUUUUCAGUCAGGAUACAACAACAACUACUAGUGGAUGGGCAUCAAGAGGUGCACCAUCUGGAGUAACUGCACCACCAGAUAUUUCGUCAACUCCCGUGAGUUAUGCUGCCCAACCUAACUGGUUAGCUGCUAGUCCAAAUUCAGUUCAGAUUAAUGCUGGCCUACAAACUGGUAUGAUAAAUACAAAUGCACAGAGUGUCGUGCCUACUAAUUCUGGUCUAGGCUUACUGUAG